AUGGAAGAACGUAGCCAGAAAAUUACUGUUAUUACGGAAAUGAUUAAACAACGUCAUAUAAAUGAAAACCGCAUUGUUAAUGGUGAAUGUGAGAAGAAGUAUGAAGAAUUAAAUCAGGGCACUGGAAAGCAAAGUUCUGAAGAACAACUCCGAGCUCUCGUUGCAUUGCCGAUUCCAAUUCAUCCAUCGGUUACGGAUAUUUUAUCAUAUUUUCCAAUUGCCCUAGACAAGCUGCUCAGUCUUGUAAAAAAUUUUGGUGCAAUUGGAUUGACUAGUGUGGAUUCAGACCAGACGACUAUCGUGGACUCAGCGGCAGCAGAAAACUCCAAUGUUAUGCGGUGUUUCGUAAAUGAAGUCUACUUCCAGGAGGUGCGUGCAGUUGACAGUCAAGGAAGAGAUGUAAAAACCGUCAAUCCGAAAGAAUUUUCAGUAAGUCUGACCCAUAGAUCUUUGCAAAUGAAUGAGGUCACCGUCAUUGUCGAUGAGAAAAAAACAGUCCCACCUUCGACUCCAGAAAAUUCUGUGCUAAUCCGACUGAAGUUGGCGAAUCCUGGAUUUUAUGAGCUAAAUGUGAAGGUUCUAGGUGAACAUAUUCGCAACUCCCCUUAUCGAAUACACUGCUUACAAAAACCUGGUCCUGUCGCCAAUGAAUGGAGGCAAACGUUUAACGAAUUAAGUGAACAUGUUGAAAUGCGAAUUGGCGCUCUGCAAUACGUCAAACAAAGUCGUUCUGAAAUAUGCCUGCCUAGAGUGGAGCCUCCUCCUACAGCACUGGCUGAUAAAAUGGCAUGGAAUAAAAACGGAAUGAUAUUCACUGUUGGCGCCCGUGGCAGAGGGCUGUCUGAAUUUUCCUUUCCACAAGGCGCAAUGUUUACUCGAGAUUCUAAGAUGGUAGUUGUUGACAGCAACAACGCCAAUGUCCAGGUUUUCAAUUGUCGCGGUGCUUUGCUCCUGCGUUUUGGCCAAUUCGGCUCAGAGGCGGGUCAAAUGAUCCGGCCUAGCUCAGCAGCGGAGACCAUUAACUCCAACUACUUAAUCAGCGAUUAUGACCUCCACUGCAUCCACGUCUUCCAGCCGUCAGGCAAGUACAUGUCGCGUUUUGGUCAACGCAACCUCGCCGGACCCAAUGAUGUUGCGGUUGAUAGUAAGGGUAAGAUCUUCGUCGUUGAUCUUAAAGCCUGCACCGUUUGCUACUUCAAACCAACUGGUCGUUUUCUGGGUCAAUUCGGGGCACGUGGUGCCGCCGACAAUCAAUUCUUGACCCCAACCGGCAUCGCCAUCGACUCGACGGACCGCAUCUACGUAGUCGACUCGAGCGUGCACGCGGUGAAGGUGUUCGAGAACGAUGGUGAAUUUCUCUUCAAGUUCGGUGUCAACGGCUGCGAGGCGGGUUGCCUACAUCUGCCAACACGUCUUGCCUUCGAUGCCAACGACCUACUCUUCAUCAGUGAUACCGGAAAUAAUCGAGUGCAGGUGUUUGACAAGGAGGGCCAAUACCUGUGGAUGCUGACGACGCCGUUGGAUGCCCUAAGCGAACCCCAGGGUCUCGCGAUCCUGUCCAGUGAGAAGCUCAUCGUCGUGGUCGACGCAGGGAACUACCGAGUUAAGGCCUUCAGCCUGCGGCAUCGUGCUGUGGAGGGCAAUCCCGCUUUCAGAAGCACCAAAGAGAAUGGAGACAGCAUCGCAGGAGAAUACGAGUAA